CCAUGAGUUGUGCUCGCGCGUGAGAACCGACAAGGUUGAAAUCGCGCUCCACCUUAUCAAAAGGAAAAAUAACAGAGCGCCGAGAGUGCCGUUUGCUAGGGCUAUGAUUUUUCAAACGGAAAUAAAUUGUUUUCCCAGCUGACACACUUGUGUGCGACCUUUCGAUUUUUGGGAUAAAGGACCCCGCAUUAAAUACAGGAUUUGAUUUUUUUUAUAUGUUGUAGCUUAGGUUCUGCUAAACAAAAGAUAAUUACUAAGUUAUAGUCAAACAACUCCAACUUUUUCGUAUUUGACUGACUAUUAUUUAGUUUUGAGCUUAUUAUUAUAUUUUUGUUCGGCAGAUUAUAAGUUACAGCAUAUGAGAAAACCAGCUGAUCUUACCAAGAUUUAAUUUUAUAUGAUUAGUGCGGGAUUGUGGACUUAUAUAAAAUCCUAGAUGAAGUUGAAUCCCGGUAAAAUCAGUUGAUUUUCUUCUAACUUGCUGAACAAAAAAUAUAAAAGGCUCAAAGCUAGUAGAUGGUUUUAUUAAUUUAGAACUUUGCGUGUUGUUUGAUUAACUGUAACUCAAAUCGAAUAUUUAGCUCUGAGACUAUUACAUCUUUUGUUCAUCAAGUCAUAAGUUACAACAUAUGAAAAAAAAAACAAACCAUAAUUCAAGGUUUUUGAUGCGAGCUUCUUUGACAGUUUGCUCCCUAAACGAAUCUUCGUUCAUAAGAAGCGAGUGUAAAGAGAUGCAGAUUUCUUCUGGACAAACUUGCAAAUAGUUAGAUUAGAACGUCAUGUCAAGUAUGACACAGCAAUGUGCGUCGAAUUAAUUCGCAAAAAUAGCUGUGAUAUCUUCCGCGAUGUCAUCGUAACGAGAACUGCAAUGUAACACGUGUUCAUCGAUGAAGUCAUCGAUCAAUAGACCGAACGAAGUUCUCUUCUCUUUAUUACACGCGUUUCUUUGUAUAUACAGCUGUUUUUAACUGACAAGAAGUAUAACGGCAUAAUCUAUAUUGUAAUAUCGAACUUCGCAGAACUUCUAUUAUAUCCACCAGAAUUUUUUCUACCAACUAGAAGCAAGAAUAACAAAAUUAUAAUAGACGAACUAACGAGAAGUAGAAGGAUCAUCUCGCUGGUCCGAGAUCAUAUAAUGCUUGUACGAAAAAUAUAUAAUUUAAUUCGAGAGACAAAUGCGACGACACGCGGAAGAUGAACCGGCAAGGGUAAUAAACGAUGAGAAAUUAUGCGUUUUCGCGCGUCGAGGCUGAUGAAAGAGGGUCCCUGAACAUAAAUCGUCGCUCGUCGAACAAGAUAUUUAAUCGAAGUGAACGGAUUGAAUCCUAUUCCUUUUCCGCUUGCGGACUACAGCCGGUCUUGCAUCGCUAAUGAGGGAACACGCGGAAUGCGACGAAGGAAUAAAUGAUGGCUCGGACCGCGCGCGCUUUUGCUUUUUACUUGAAGAAAACGCGCCUUGGGAAAUAUGAAUAAACAUACGAGAAGGAAUCUACCGAGGCCAAGCAACAUCGAAGGUAUGGAUUUGAGGAACGGAAAAAAUCGCGUGCACGACAGGAUGAAAGGAUAGAAAGAGAGAAAGAGAAGCGGAGGCUGCGCCGCAUGAUCCUCAUGAUAAUGACUCACCGGCUAUGUAUGCGCGCUGGGCCUUCAACCUUGGAAGCUGGUCGAGUCACGACGGUGACGACGCUGCUGCCUUCUCUCCAUGCCGGUCGUCGAUCCUCCCGGUCGAGGGAUUCACUUUUCGCGGCAGGACGCACAAUUCGGAAACACAAGGUCUCUCCAGCUCUUCCUCGUCGUCGGGAUUAUUCCCCAGCCGAGAAAGAUCCUCUCCUGCGGCGAUCGCGAAGCGCCGGGUUUCGCGCGACUCGCCGGAGUCCUGUGCUCAACCGCUGACGGACGGACCCGCCGAGAGGCCCCCACGAGUUUUCUCCCUUCUGGGGCCCGAGCGUGCCCCACCGUCGACUUCGCCAACUUCCCAGUGGCACAAAGAAUUCGAAGAAUGUCUCGCAGGGUCCUCGGAAAAUCUCCCUCAUCGCGCUGCUCUUACGCCGAUGCUCAGCCUGGGUCGGUCUCCCUUCCAUCGCGCGAGUUCGCGUCAGGAGAAGACAUUCACCUCGAGGAGAGCCAACUCCCAGCCAGCCAGCUUCACAAGCGUUAUCUCGAGGAAUGUAAUCGUGGGAACCGAACUUAAUAUUGAUCCUUAAGAUGAUUCCAUCCGAAUGUAUUCUGGACAUAUCCAAUGUGUUUCAUUCCACCUCUGUAGUAAUCGAAGGAAGUUGCAUUAACAAAUCCGAAGCCACCGCAGUGCUCAGAGAUGUAUCAGCCCGUGUUCACGGCGGUGAAGUCUUAGCCAUUCUAGGAUCGAAAGGUUCCGGCAAGCGAGCACUCCUCGAUGUUAUCGCCGGAAGGGCGGAAGGCGAGACAAGAGGGAGGAUCACCCUGAACGGCAACCUGCUGACUCCGGAGUUAUUCCGACGUCAUGGGGGCUACGUGGCCCACAGGUGUCAUCUGCUGCCGAGUCUGACGGUCCGUCAGACUCUGACGUAUGCCACGUGGCUGGGCAACCUGAGCAAUCGCGAGGCCCGGGUGCGGCAGACCCUCGCCGACCUGGCGCUGUCGCAGGUCGCCAACAGGUCGGUGAACGACCUCACCAGGCCGGAGUAUCGGCGACUGAUGCUGGGAGCGCAGCUGGCCAAGGACCCGACCCUGCUGCUGCUAGACGAGCCGACCUGGGACACGGAUCCGCUCAACACGUACCUCAUCGUCUCGAUGCUGUGGUCCUACGCGACCAGACGCGGCUCCAUUGUCGUCCUCACCAUGGAGACACCCAGAUCCGACGUGCUGCCCUUCGUCAGUCGCGUGACGUUGCUGUGUCUUGGCGCGGUCGUCUACUCGGGACCUACCAGAAGCAUGCUGGACUACUUCACCUACAUCGGCUUCCCGUGUCCUGAAUUGGAGAAUCCUUUAAUGUAUUAUCUUUGCUUAUCGACUGUUGAUCGCCGAUCCAGAGAUCGCUUCUUGGAGUCGAAUCAACAAAUCUCGGUCCUUGUGGAGAAAUUCAAGGUGGACGGAGUGCUUUACAUGAAGGAAGCGCCGCAGAUAUCGCACAGCAUGAAAGACGUCCUGGGGAUCAUGCACAAGGGUCUAGGUCGCGGAAUCAAGCCCGGAUGCUUCUCGACUCUUUUCGCACUUUAUUUACGUGGUAUGGCGGCUACCUUCUCCUUGAAUAAGAUCGGCCUGGGACAUUUCGCUGCUCGUCUGCUAUUGCUGCCGUUUCUGGUUGCCCUGAUGAGCAUACUGUAUUCGCAUUCGAGUCCCGUUCAAUCAAGAAUAUUCUUACAGACCGGCGGUUUGAUUUUCAACGUCUUGACGCUAUUUUACGUGACCGGGAUAGCCGUGACGUCACUUUUGUUUCCAGGUUUCCGCGCGAGAUACUAUCAAGAGAAACGGGAGGGUCUCUACGGUGGAGCGAUGUUCCUAACAGCGUAUACCAUGCUGAGUCUUCCGCUGAGCUUCAUAUCGACUCUGAUAACCAUCGGGAUUCUGGUGCCGAUUCUCGAGCUGGACCUGCCCUCGUGGGCGUACGCUUCCGGAAUUCUGUGGUCCAGUUACGUAGCGGCCGAGCAAGUGACAGUAGCCGUGCUGAUGGUGGUCGGUCGUCUAACCGGCGCGAUCACGGUGCUGUACAUGACCCUGCUGUCCCUGGUAGUCGCGUCCGGAGCGAUUCGCAGCCUGAGGAAUCUGCCCUAUUGGCUGGCGAUGGUGUCCACGGCGCUGCCGACUAGAUACGCCUCUCUGGCGCUGAAUCAGCUGGUCGUCGACACCCCUAUUCUGUCCAAUUUGCCCUACAACGAGAGCUUCGCCUGUCCAAGCUCUGCCGAGCUCUGCAGAUAUCCUGACGGCAAGACUUAUCUAAUAGAACGCUUCACCAAGGAGGGCGAGAAUAUAUCCGAGGUGUUGAACGUGGAUCUGAAUCUGCUGAUCUCUUUAGCGUUCGCCGUUGGCCUUAUUAUAUUAAAUAGCGUCUUGUAUCUGUUGCCGCUACCCGCUAGAGUAAAAGCUAAAUUUAGAGAAUAAAAAAUUGUAUGUAUUGCGUUGACAAUCGGAUAUAUUGGAGCUGAAUAAUUCUAAUUUCAAUUUUCAAUGUAUAUAAAAUUGUAAAUAACAUGAAAAUUAAGAUU